ACUUGAGCGCAUGCGGAUUUCUUUCCUGUCCGAGUGAUCCGAAGAAACGCAACGCUCCUCGUGCGCGGAGCACGAGAUCAGCAAACAUGGUGCUUUUACACGUGUUGUUCGAGCAUGCGGCUGGAUAUGCGUUGUUGGCUGUUAAAGAAGUGGAGGAGAUCGGCAUGCUUCUACCUCAGGUGGAGGAAAGUGUCCUAAAUGUUGGGAAGUUCAGUAGCGUGGUCAAACUGAGUGCAUUCUUCCCCUUUAAAUCCGCCCAGGGUGCAUUGGAAAACAUCAAUGCCGUUUCCGAAGGAGUUGUCCAUGCAGAUCUUAAGCUGUUUUUGGAGACCAACCUUCCGUCCGGAGGUAAAAAGAAGCCCAUGUUGGGGGUGUCCGAUGCUAAGCUUGGAGCAACACUUCAGGAAGAACUCAAUCUGUCCAUUCAGACUGGAGGCGUGGUAGCUGAAAUCAUAAGAGGUGUGCGUCUGCACUUCCAUUCACUGGUCAAGGGUCUUACGGCUCAAGCAGCGUCUAAAGCUCAGUUGGGUUUGGGUCACAGCUACUCCAGAGCCAAAGUAAAGUUCAAUGUCAACAGGGCAGACAACAUGAUCAUCCAGUCUAUCGCCCUCCUGGACCAGCUGGACAAAGACAUCAACACCUUCUCCAUGCGUGUGCGUGAAUGGUACGGUUACCACUUUCCAGAGCUCAUAAAGAUAGUGAGUGAUAACAGUACAUACUGUAAACUGGCCAAGCUGAUUGGGAACAGGAAGGAACUGUCUGAAGAAAUGCUGGAAGCCAUGGAGGAGAUAACAAUGGACAGUGCCAAAGCUCAGGCCAUCCUUGACGCGUCCCGCAGUUCUAUGGGUAUGGAUAUCUCUCCUAUUGACCUGAUCAAUAUUGAGAGCUUCUCCAGUCGCGUGGUGUCCCUCACAGACUACAGACAGGAACUGCAAGAAUACCUGAGGUCAAAAAUGGGCCAGGUGGCACCAAAUCUUGCUGCUCUCAUUGGUGAAGUGGUUGGUGCUCGUCUGAUCUCUCACGCCGGCAGUCUGACAAACCUGGCCAAAUAUCCGGCGUCCACUGUGCAGAUCCUGGGUGCAGAGAAGGCCCUGUUCAGGGCAUUGAAGACCAGAGGAAACACACCCAAGUACGGUCUGAUUUUCCACUCUACAUUCAUCGGGCGCGCAGCUGCCAAAAACAAGGGACGUAUCUCGCGUUACUUGGCCAACAAGUGUACCAUCGCAUCCCGCAUUGACUGCUUUUCUGAGGUUCCCACAAGUGUGUUUGGUGAUAAGCUUCGUGACCAGGUAGAAGAACGUCUGGCCUUCUAUGAGACUGGAGAGGCUCCACGAAAGAAUCUGGAUGUCAUGAAAGAAGCUGUUGCACAGGCUUCUGAGGUGACUGCUGAAAUAAAGCGGAAGCUUGAGAAGAAAGAAAAGAAGAAAAAGAAGCGGCAGAAGAAACUAGAAGCUCUUUCCACUGCAGAAGGAGAUGAUGAAGCCAAUGGCGAUGUCGAGGAAAAUGGAGUCGCCACAAAGAAGAAAAAGAAAAAGCAGGCCGCACAAGAGGUGGAGGUAAAAGAGGAUGAGGAGGUCACAACAAACGGUGUUGAAGCGACGCCUUCUAAGAAGAAAAAGAAGAGGAAGAUCGAGGCUGUGGAGGCCGAGCCUGAAGUCCAGGAGGACGCGGCUGAGGCUCAGGUGGAGAAGAAAAAGAAAAAAAAGAAAAAGAAAGCCCAGGAGGAUGAAUAAACUCCUGUAUGGACUUCAGUAUUGUACAGCUUUAAUUUUUAGUUUUGAGCGUUGGACUCUCAUGGUCAAGCGUUUUAAUGUUUUUGAGCCGAGCGUUGAGCUGUCACGUGUUUGUUUCUUUUAUACAAACUUGCUUUAUAUCCUGUCAUCUUUCUUCAAAGCACCUUUCUGAAAUGGACAGUUCAUUUAUGUGCCUUUCUGAAAAUGACUGACUGCUCUUUGAUUAUCAGUUGAAUCUCAUUUCAAACGCCGCCAUGCUUCUGAUCGAUGAAAUGGUUUGAGUUAUACAUGGUAUUGUCUCUGAUUGUGAAGCGGAUUGUAGUCACGCAUAUUUUUGUACUUUUAAAUGCCGAAUUUGAAAUUUGCCAAGAUGGUGAAUGUGAACAGAUACUGUGCAUGUGUACGCCAGCUAUUAUACACAUCAAUGAUUGACCUUUCAAUAAAUUAAUAAUCGACUCUGUAACCUAAA